AGUGAAAGUGAAAGUAUCCACACACAUACAUAAAUACUAACAGCUGACCUGCAUCUGCAGUCGCGCACCCACUGACUUGACGGCAUCUGUGUCCAGAAGUUCCCACUCUCCACUUUCAAGAAAACCACCACCUUAAGAAAACAGAAAAAUGAGUUAUGGAAGCAUCGUGGAUAUUACAGCCUCUGGAGCGUCAUGGCAAACUGCUCAGCAGGACAAGUUGGGAUGCCAAGGGGUGGAUGCAUCACGCACCAUGGCGAAGACUGACAGUGAGAGAAUGAGGAAGUACAAGACAAAAAUUGAAAAUGUGGGACGUAAAUAUGGGAUAGAGUCUGCUCUCAUUGCUGGCAUCAUCUCCAGAGAGUCCAGGGCCGGCAAUGUUCUACAUAAUGGCUGGGGAGACUGGAGUCCAAGCAGAGGGGCGUAUAACGCCUGGGGACUGAUGCAGGUUGAUGUCAAUCCAAAUGGAGGUGGACACACUGCUCGCGGUGAAUGGGACAGCGAGGAACACCUCUGCCAAGGCGCUGAGAUCUUGGUUUAUUUCAUUGGCCGAAUCCGUAAUAAAUUUUCAGGCUGGAGCAGAGAGCAGCAGCUGAAAGGAGCGAUUGCAGCCUACAACAUGGGGGAUGGAAAUGUCCACUCCUAUGAUAACGUGGAUGAAAAAACAACAGGGAAAGACUACUCCAAUGAUGUUGUUGCCAGAGCUCAGUGGUACAAAAACAAUGGCUACAACAGCUGAAUCUAUUGUAAAAAUUGUUACAUGUGUGUUGGAGUUCCUUCAUUCCACCAAAAGUAUCUGCAAAUGAUGGAUGAUUUGCUUUACGUGUCUUGUAUCAGAAAAUGUGCUAAAUAAAAACAUAACGAUUGUUGUGUGUAUUAUGGGA